AUGGAGGAAAGUGUUAAUUUGAAAAUAUAUUAUAAUGGUCAAAUCUUUCCACAAACAUCUGAAGGUGUGAGUUUUGUAUGUGAAAAUCCAUAUGAUCUUGUUAUUCCUUUUGGAAUAACAUAUGAGGAAUUUAAGAGUAUACUUUGUCAAUGUGGUGAUAAUCAAGUAUUAAAGAGAGUCGUUAAUAUUUUUUAUAGACAGCCUGUUUUAGUGUUCGGUGGUUUCGUUCAGUUUCAAAUGAUGAAUGUGGUUGACGAAGGAAGUAUGCAAGGAAUGUUUUCGAUCUACCAACAAACACGGGCACAAGUGUCUAUUCUCGAAUUGUAUGUUGAGUUUGAAGAAUUAGUUGAGGUUGAUUUACCGGAGGCUAACAUCGACUGGACUGUUUAUAAUAGUGAAAGCAAAGAGGAAUUUGAGGGCACCUACCAAAUUGUUGGUCCAACUGAAGAAGUGGGUGAAGAUGAUAUAAUAGUUGAGUCUAACGUAGCAGAUGUGGCAAAUGCACUGGCGAGCCAAUAUCCAUCUAGAGAACCUUCUUUCAUGCACGCCUUGGAUGUAGACGCUAUGAAUGCACCAAAAUUUCCUGAAUAUAUCAAUUCAAAUCCUGUUGUUGUUUCGGACGGUGAAUUUGUUGUUGGCAUGGAAUUCAGCUCUAGAGAGACUGUUAUUGCAGCAAUUAAAGAUUAUACCAUUCGCAGGGGAGUGGAUUACCGGGUGUGUGAAUCUGAGCCAACGACUUUUUAUGCUAAGUGUGUACAAUACGGAACAAGUUGCGAUUGGCUUAUUAGAGCUAGUCUUAUUAAGAGAAAGUUUUGUUGGGUUAUAAGGCGAUACAAUGGUAGUCACACAUGCACUAGAACUAGAAUUUCUCAAGAUCAUGCCAAGCUAAAUUCAGACAUGAUUGCAGAGGUGAUAAAGCCAUUGGUUGAAGCUGAUCCAUCUUUGAAAGUGAAAUCAAUAAUUGCUGAAGUGCAGUCAAAAUUCAAUUAUACGACAAGUUACCGCAAAGCAUGGCUCGCGAAGCAAAAGGCAAUUGCAAACCUUUUUGGUGGUUGGGAAGCUUCUUAUGAAGCUUUGCCGUCGUGGUUUGAAGCAAUGGUACAAAAAGAUCCAUCAGCAGCAGUCGAGAUUGAAACUGCACCAGCAUACCAAGGGGAUGAGAGCAUUUAG